AUGGAGGUCUCGGAGAUUCCGGGCAGAGAAGAUUUUGCUUUUUUCUGGGGAGAGUAUGAGGCCACAGGAGGUACAGGACCUGUAGAAGUCUUGAAGGACACGCUGAAGGUCUCGAGGGGUAGUGGAGUGGAUGCAGACAUCAUCAGCAUAGCAGGUUACAGUGGUUCCAAGGAUAGCAGGGAGGAGAGACAGUACACGGUGCAUAAGAAUAUUAAAAAGAAAUGGGCUCAAUACACCGCCCUGAGAGUCCGGCGAACGAAGAUACUCGAUGAAACUGAGGAGAAGGAAGACAGAAGACCCCAAUUCUCGCAGAUCAGAGAGGAAGAAGAGCAGAGGAAAUUCAGCGAGAGAAGAAGAAGAAGAAGAAGAAGAAGAAGAAGAAGAAGAAGAUACAACUACGACCCUCACUUACUCGAAGGAAUAGCAGCCUUGAUGGAACUCUCCGCAGCUCCUAGGGUCAUCGCAGGAUCUCCCUCGGAAGGGGAAAGUGGGGAAGGACGUCCACCAUCCCCUCGCCAGCAGAAGCCGAAGGGUCCACUAGCAGCGCCCUUCCGCUGCAAGAUCUGCAAGGAAGGGUUCCCCACGGAGAAGAAGAUGCUGAUCCACAAGUCCGUCCACUUCAGGGAGGUUCCUUUCGUCUGCCUCAACUGCUUCAGGACCUUCGACGAUUUCGACGUCCUCCAAGAUCACACGGCGUCCCACAGGGUCUUCCACUGCGCCAGCUGUCCCUCCGUGUUCCCGGAUCACCUCUCCCUCAGGAAGCACCUGCUGAUGCAUCCCGUCGGGUCGAUCGUGUCCUGA